GUGGCGGCAGGUGAACGACCAAUCAAAUUAACGAUAGCAUACACAAUAUAUCUCAAGUUGGAGCAUAUUAUGUGCACGAAAUCAAGAUGGCAUCCGAAGAGAGUGCAAGUGCCGUGUCAAAUGAAGAGUGUGAUGUCAAUAGUGAAUCAAAACGCGUCGUUAAUUCAUGUAUUGUGGAUAAAGUGAGUGUUGAACAAACAAAAGUGACGUGUAGUAUAAAAUCAAAUAGUUUAUGCGAGUUAGAUAAUCAUAUAAAUAACAAUUGGGACAAGAGUUUUAUGCCAAAGACGCCCAGCGGGACGCCCACGGAUUUUAUAUCUGCAUCAUCAACAACUAGACUUUUUAAAGAACAUAAUAAAUACCAAGAGACAAAAGGCAGACAAUUAUUUCAUAGGAAUGUUGGAAAUGUUGCCGGGGUAAACCCGGCCACUGUCAACACUAGUUUAACUUCAGUGUUUUCAGAAUCACGCAACAUGUCCGGUCAUCGCAUUAAGGACGCGAACAUAUCUACGUCCCUUUCUAGAGAUUCUGAUUCAGAUUCAAAUGGUGCCAUUAGAGACUCUGUGAAACCUUUGUGUAGAGAGAGUGUGCACAACACAUUUCAUGCUGACACAUCACAUGAGAGUGAAUCAAUGCCGGAAAGUAGUAAUAAUCUACAAAGUAAACCUCCACCAGUAAAAUUAAAGGAAUGUGGUAAUGUAUCUAGUAAGAUUCCUCAACUAGGAGAAAGUCCUCAAUGUAGUGGCAAUAUUAUUACAAGUCCACGAAGUCCAGACUAUCCACCAAGAGUUUCUACAAACCCCCAUAGCCCCGAUACAACUUUUAUAUCAAGUGAUGUAACACGAACUUCAGAUAUUGCUAUUGCCAUGGACACUGCAAAGUACAAUGACGCUGAGUCAAAAACCUCACAAAGCACUACAGUAUUUAGUGAAUCAUUUAAUUCUAAAGUAUCUCAUUCAGUUCCUAUUAAAAUGGAGACUGAUCAAGAUGAGUGUAAUGAUAAAAUAAGCAUCAAAAGUGAAAAUCAAACAGUCAUCAAGACUGAAGAAGAUAAAAUCAAGCUAGAACCUCCAGAGUCUUCAGAAAUCAUAGAUGAAUCAUGUAAAAAUAUUUCGUCAUCAUUUAGUGAACCUAAAAUUGAUUCUACAACGUGUAAUAUCACUUUAAAUGAAUCAACAAAAACAUCAACAUCACUAUCAUCGUCAUCAGCAUCGAGUCUAUUAACGAGCAAUAAUGAAAAAUCAUGUACAACGUCGAGUGAAAAGCGGAGAGAUUAUAGCGAACGACACAGGUGUUCUAGAUGUUAUAAACGAAGUAAAAUAAAACGAGCUAGUAUUGGAGUUCAAUGCAGACGUGAUAGAACCACUCUACCGCUGAACAGGAAAGAAAAUUCUCAUUCAAACUCGGCUAAUGCUAAUUUACGACUUCACUUAGAGGCAAAAAGCUUUAAAACACUCAACCAAUCGAUCAUAAAAAAUGAUCAGCUUGAAGGGUUGAAGUAUAAGAAGUUUAUUCAUAUAGAAACCUAUCCAAAUGGUGGUGCUACAGUAGUUCAUAUGUACCAGGAUGAAAUAGACACUUUGUCAAAAGAGCAGAUUGAAGAAUUAACUCAUGAAUUUUUCAAAGUUGUUUUUGGUGAAGAUGAAAACGGCAAUGCUUACAAUGUUAUGGGUAUUGUCCAUAAUUCAGCAGCGUAUCUUCCUGAUUUACUGGAUCAUAUGGCCUAUAAUUAUCCAACACUGACUGUCAAAAAUGGAGUAUUAGGAAGAAAUAGUGAUAUAGAAACUACAACAAUGCUCCAAUAUAAAGAUCAAGUUUAUAAAGCUUACAGUAAUGGAACUGUAAGAUAUGGACCAUUACAUCAAAUUAGCCUUGUAGGAACAGUUCACGAAGAAGUGGGAGGAUAUUUCCCCGACCUUUUACAACGGUUAGAAGAAAAUCCUUUUCUUAGAAUGACAAUGCCAUGGGGUCCAAUGUCUGUGGUGAAAAUGGAAACUCCUCAAGAGUCUAACGAUGGUCCGAUUCUUUGGAUCAGACCUGGAGAACAGUUAGUUCCUACUGCAGAUAUUAAUAAGAGUCCUUGUAAGAGAAGAAGGACUGGAAUAAAUGAAUUAAGAAAUCUUCAAUAUCUUCCACGAUUGAGUGAAGCUAGAGAAUAUAUGUUUGAAGAUCGCACGAGAGCACAUGCUGAUCAUGUAGGACAUGGUCUGGACAGAAUGACAACCGCAGCAGUUGGUGUGCUAAAGGCCAUUCAUGGUGGUCAACCGUCCGAGUAUAAUAGAAUCACAAAGGAUGUAGUAGCUUUUUAUGCUGGAGAUUUUCCAGAGCUCGUAGAAAAACUUCAACUAGAUUUACACGAGCCACCGAUAUCUCAAUGUGUCCAAUGGAUUGAAGAUGCCAAGCUGAAUCAGCUUAGAAGACAAGGAAUCCGUUAUGCACGAAUUAAUCUUUAUGAUAAUGAUAUUUAUUUUUUACCAAGAAAUAUCAUUCAUCAAUUUCGAACAGUUUCUGCUGUCUCUAGUAUCGCCUGGCACGUAAGACUGAAGCAAUAUUACCCCGAUUCUCCAGUCAAUUCCAAUAUUAGGCACGGAAGAUCGAUAUCUGAGAACAGCGGUCAUUUUAAAGAGAAAAACAGUCUUUCCGGGGUUCUUAUUGAUGAGCAGAAGGAAAAUGCUGAUAGACAGCAUAUGGCUGAUAAAAAGGCCAAGGAAAGAGCUGCAGAGUAUCAAGGAAACUUAAAAAAGUCUGAUCAGCAUGGAAGAAAAAGGAAAGACGAACAUAAGAGUCGAGAUCGUAGUAGGCAAGAUGUUGAUAAAAGGAAAGAUCGAAGGAGAGACUCUAAAUCUAUAGAUAAAAGAAAACGAGAUAAAAUAUCGAUUAAAAGAAAGUCUAAUGAUGAAGAAAGACGGAGUAGUAAGAAACACGAUCACCAUCAUUCAAGUUCAGUUAGAAGUCGCUCUACUGAUAAAAAGAAGAAGCAAGAAGGUAGUGGCAACAGCAGUAGCAGUAGUAGUAAUAGUAGUAGUCGUCAAAGGUCUCAUAGUAACUCGAGUAAUUCUUCUUUUGUAUCUAAAAGAGACGAAUCGACUGUUAUUGGCUCAAAGCCGACACUACCAAGUCAAUUGUCGGAGUUUUCCUUGACAGAAUCAUCAGUUCCAUCACAAACUACUCUUCCAAGUCGAUGUUCUACUCCAGAACUCAAUCAGGAGGUGACAAUCUCUCUUGACAAUGAAACUAAAUUAGAGAGACAAUCCACGGGCAAAGUUUAUGCCACAGAAGUUGUAGAUAAAGCUUUAGAAAUUGCUGUUUAUAAAUCUAAAACUGAUGUUGAAGAAGUUUGUCAAUCCUUCCGACAUGGAGUUGCUGAAGCUUCAAAGGAAGUUAUAGAGAAAAUCAAGAAAGAAUGUUUUGAGAUAGCUUUAAGAUCUUACGAAAAACAGAGCUCUAAUUUUGAAAAGUUAUCAAGAUUAUUAGAGACAGAAACAAUGGUAGCUUUUACAUCAGAAAUGGAGUGUGCGACUGAGAAUGCAGUAAAAGCUUUAGUAGAAAUGGCUGAAGAAGAAGCUAAAGAAAAACUGAAGGAUGUUUCAGAUAAUUUAGACCAAUCAGCAUCGUCAGAAAGGUCUUCAGAAGCUGAAAAAAUCGUCCCAGAUAUUCCGGAAUUAGAAUCUGUUACUAAUGAUCCAUCAAACAUAAGUUUUUCCGCAUCCUGGGCUCAUAAACCUGAAGAAAAAUCUUCUAAAUCAGAACAUCGAUCAUCCAAGAGUUCCAGAAGCUCCAGCAAACAUCGAAGCGAUAAGGAUUCGAGAGAUUCACGACACAAAGAUAGGCGAGAUCGAGAUCGGAAGGAUAGAGACAAAGACAAAGAACACAAGAGACAUUCUCAUGAAGACAGACAUGAUUCCAGCAGCAAAUCACAAAGCUCACGCACUGAAUCUGUAUCAGCAGUAUCUUCCUCUUCUUCCGUGAAUAAGUCUUCUUCAUUCUCGUCUUCAUCUUCAUCAACUAGAGAUGAAGGUAAAACUGAUAGGAAAGAGAGCAAGCGAGAUUCUCAUCGUCAUGAUAGAGACUAUCAUCGAAAAAGUUCAUCUCAGUCUAAAGAUGAAUCUAAACCUCGCUCCAGCUCAAGUUCUAAUUCUAAUCAUAAAAGAAAAUCUAGCAGUAGUUCCAGUCAUUUGCACAAAGAAUCAAAGAGACUGUGUACUGGCAAUGAUUCUAUUAUUCGACAGAAUGUUAGUCAAACUCAUGCACCUGAAACACCUUCUAAUGCUCUUAUUAAUAGCAACAAUAAUAAUAAUGAUAACGGUAACAACAGUAAUAAUAGUAAUAAUAAUACUGAUAACAGUAAUAAUACUAGUGAUGAAUCAAGCAGCAGAAUCUAAAUGACAGUUUUGAAUUAUCAAACGUGUAUAGUACAAUCAUUUUUCACUAAACAGAGUCUAUAAAAAAGAUGACAUAAAAUAAGAAGCAUUUGAAAAGGUUUGAUAAAAAAAAAACUAAAUGAAAACAAAAAAAAAAUUAAAC